AGACAGGUGUUGCUAUAGUGAAAGCACGUGCACACCUUGUCUACUAAACUUUUAGGUGUAAAAGCCUCUAUGGCAACAGCACAGCGACAUAUAAUCACCUUACAUGAGUCCAAUCCGAUGCGUCCGCCCCCUUUGCUGUCAAAUUGCCAGUACUUCCUCUCCUUCCUUCACGAAUUCUCAAGUCUAAAGCAUAUUUCAGAGCUCUGAAAAGCCUCUUCCUCUUUUCCAAUACUUUACAUAUCGAGUUCUCCUCUAUCUCUUUCUUUCUUUCUUUGUCAUGGCCUCUACGCAAACCAAGCCUCCUUUUACCCCCGAAGCAAAUGUUCCCUAAAACUGCCGCCUCUUUGAAGCAAUCCUCGACACAACUUCCGAAGACAUAAACAAGCACAUUUUCACUCACCUGCUUCCUACUUUUCUUCCAAACCCUCUGAUCCGCGACAGUGGCUGCGGUUGUGGCCAAGUAACAUCCGAAAUCAUGCCACUCAUCCCCGGUCAUCGAUCCGGAUCAAAGCUACAGACGCCAACAAGUAUGUAUCUACUUUCUCUCUAUGCCAUUGAGUGUCUCUCGAAUCAUGGUCAUUCAACCCGUUGUUCUCAUCUAAUGCGUGCGCAAAAACUCACCUUUCCUGACAAUUAUUUCGACUUGUCCUUCACCAACUUCGUGGUCACCGACCUGGACGAUCAAAAAAUCGUAGGGCAGCACCUUUACCGCACACUCAAACCCGGUGGACAAGCAAUUGUCUGCACCUUCGCUUUCUGUCCCCAUGGUGAUGCCAGAAGAGCCGCUCAUCUUGCCACCAGACGACCAAAUGCCAAGCUAGGGCUAGCAUAUGAUCCAGAAUGAUUGAAGCAGAAGACGCUCAGAGAUUUCUUGGUAGCAGGUGGAUUUGGGAGAAAAGUUCAGAUUAGUACUUGUGAGCUUUUGAGAAGACAAAGGAUUUGAGGUGGCCGGUGACUGCAUUGUGGGGAUACAUAGGGCAGAGGGAUGAUGGUUGGAAAGAGGAAGAUGAGGAGAAGUGGGAUGAGGCUAUUGAUGUUAUGGCGAAGACGACGGAGAAGUCUCUUGGUGCGACGAAGGCGAAUGAUGGCGGGCCGCUGCUUAAAUUUGUGGUAAAUAUUUCGAUCUCAACGAAG